CACCACCACUGUUGGGUCUCUCUUUCAGCCAAAACCCAGAAGAAGAAGAAGGGGAAGCUCUCAUCAAUGGCUAAAGGGGGUUCUAAUUGCCUCUUUUCACCCCUUUUGUUUCUUCUUGUUAUCUGCUCUUAUGCUGAGGUAGGGGAAGUUACUGCUAAGGUUGAUAAAUCAACAAUGGAAGAUUUUGUUUCUUCUCGUAGAAUACUCCUCAAUGGCGUCACAAGAACAUCACAACAUGAUAUUAUCUUCCCUCCAACUAAUCCCACCCCGACGAUCGUCACUGUGCCCGCCAAGAACCCUGCGAAUAUGCCGGCACCGAUCUUGGUACCUUCUACAGAUCCCAACAACCCGAUUACGGUACCGGUAACCAAUCCGAUCACGACAUCUGCACCCAUCACAGUGCCAGGGGCAGGGGUGCAGCAGCCUGCGAUGAAUCCCGUAACGACGUAUCCCGCCCCUAUGGGAGGAGUCCCUGUGAGCACACCGGUGCCAAAUCCUGUGCCUCUUCCAGGGCAGAGCUGGUGCGUAGCUAUGACAGGAGCGUCACAGACUUUGCUUCAAUCGGCGUUGGAUUACGCUUGUGGAAUCGGAGGAGUCGAUUGCUCGCAGAUCCAGCAAGGUGCUAACUGUUAUAAUCCGAACACAUUGCAAAACCAUGCAUCAUAUGCAUUCAAUACCUACUAUCAGAAAAACCCGGCACCGACAAGCUGCGACUUCGGCGGGACUGCAACCAUAGUGAACACCAAUCCAAGCACUGGAUCCUGCAUUUUCCCAUCUUCGGGAUCACAACCCACUCUGACCGCGAUACCAGCAACAUCGACAUCAAUAGGGGCAGGUGUACCAGGCUCGGUCACCCCACCUUCAGUAUUAAACUCGAGCACCCCUGGCACAGGCUCUGCUGCCACAAGUGAUUUCGGGUCCAACCUACCUCCCACCUUCAACACAUCGACGUCCACGUCGGUCGGUUUUCAACCGACGUUUAGCAGCAUCAUUCUACUGUCAAUGACAUAUUUCGUUUCUCGAUUGAUCUUCGAAUCAAGCACCUUCCCAUAG